AUGGCAUCCCCGUCGCAAGCUCGCUUUACGAGAUCGGUUAUCACUUCGGCGGUUCUCGUGCUCCUGGUUGUCGCAGCCAACACCCCCGGAUGUCUCGCUGUGCAGCGGCCGAACCUCGACCCAAAGCAGCACGCGGUGCUGAAGGAGCUUGUGCAGCAAUGGGGCAAGUUCAAGGGGUCGUCCACGUGGACCCAAGCGGGCGCGCCGCGCCGUUGCAGCACGUACGCGGGCGUGCGCUGCAACCCCAAGGGCUUAAUCAACAACAUGACCCUUGUGGAAGCGGGAGCCAAGGGCCCCAUCGGCUCGCUGACGAAGCUCGCGUCGCUGCGAUACCUCGACCUGUCGAGCAACUCCAUCAACGGAUCUAUCAGCAGCCUCGGCAAGCUCAGGGGACUAGUACACCUGGACCUGAGCGGCAACUCCGGCGUGUCCAAAGGAAUCGAAGCUCUCCCCGCCAUUCGCGGCCUCGUGCACCUCGAUCUCUCCGACUCGGGACUUGAGGGUCCCAUUCCGACUGCCCUCGCCACCAUGCGACUCACGUACCUCGAUCUGAGUCUGAACCGGCUGACGGGAACCAUUCCGGCCUUCAUUGGCAUGAUGAAGAGCCUCGUAUACCUCAACCUGGCAGCGACGGGCGAGGAAGGUCUCAACGGCCUGCUGCCGCGCAGCAUUGGCAACCUCGUCAACCUCAGGGAGCUGUACCUGCACAAGAACCGGCUCACUGGACGCGUCAACUCCAUCGGCAAACUCACCAAGCUGCAACGCCUGCUGUUGGGAGACAACUACUUCCGCCAGGUCUUCCCCACCAACUUCAAGGCCCUCCGCAACCUCGACUACCUGAGCAUGCGGUACAACUCCUUCUCCGGGGACAUGCCUGCCUUCAUCGCCAACCUCACCAAGCUCAGCUUCCUCUCCCUGAACGACAACCUGCUCUCCGGAAACGUCCCUGCCACCUACAAGAACCUCAAGAACCUGCAGACGCUGAACCUGCAGAACAACCGCUUGAGCGGCUACCUGCCUGACUUUACUUCUCAGAGCAAGCUCAAGUCCAUUGAUGUGAGCGGCAACUACAUCACAGGCCCACUGCCCAGGUUUGCCGCCACGCCAGAAUCAGCCAAUUUCAACAGCAACUACUUCUUCGGUUCUUCCGUUCCUUCCACCGCCGGCGGCAAGACUAACUAUGAGGAGCUAGCAGUGCUGCACAACCGCUUCGCCGCGCGUGGCUUCCAAGUGCUCGCCUUCCCCUGCAACCAGUUUGGCAACCAGGAGCCCAGGUCCAACAGUGACAUCCUGUCCUUUGCCCGCACAAACCACUCUGCACCGUUCCGCAUCUUCGCCAAGACGCUGGUGAACGCGCCACUGGAGUGCUCGGGCACGGAGGCUGCAUGUUCGGCCAGCACGACGAGGUGCUGCCCGUCCAACAGCCUCGUGUUUGACCUGCUCAAGCAGCACUUCCCAGGCGACAUCGAAUGGAACUUUGCCAAGUUUCUGGUGGGCAAGGAUGGCGUCACCAUCCGCCGCUAUGCGCCCACGGUGAAUCCUCUAGACAUUGCGCCGCACAUUGAAGCAGCUGUUGCUGCUCCCACUCCCCGCUCACACGCCCACAGCUGGUGGGGCUUUGGUGAUGGCAAGGACGAGGGGCAUGCAGAUAUGCUCUGA